GUUCGAAAUUCGUCAUCAUUUCCUAAUAUUUUUCUCGAUCUAUCGCUGACGGAGCAGCUGACGGAAAAGAGAAAGUGAACAAGGGCUCAAAAUUUCUUCAAAAAAAAGCAUCGAAUUAAUUUGCACGCUUAAUAUCUUAGUAUUAUUUGAUCAGUGUCGGAAGGAGCAACGCUGUAAAUAUGUGCGAUAAACAACGUGAAACAUUAAACGUUUAAUUAGGCUUGUUUCACUUAAAAUCUGUAUUUACAAUGUCCGACGAAUCUGAAUACGACCCGGAACCGGAGGAAUUCGAUAUUUACAAGAGAAAAUAUCAAUUGCUGUUAGAAAGAUGCGAGAUUUUACAGCAGGAGAAUGAAAGACUGGUCUAUAGAAUCCAGAAAGUGAGGAAGCUUCUUCGGCGUACAAGAAAAGAGAAAAAAUUCUUGAUCGAUCGAUUAGAUCAGCAUGGAGAUCGUUGGCGGGAAGCUCCGAUGGGCGUUCUUGAAGAGAACAGCGUGUUCCCGUCUACUCCAAAAGCAGAGAAGGGUGGAAAAGGUGCUUCUCACAAUGCCAAAGAAGAGAAACCGAAGAAGGGAACGAAGAGAAAAGGCGCGAAGGCGGAUCCGAACGCGCCGAAGAGACCUGCCAAUCCUUUCUUCCAGUUUUGCCAGGAACAAAGACCACGCGUGAUGGAACGUCUAGCUGGAGAACCAGAACCCAGCAAGCAAGAACUCACCAGACAGCUUGCAACCACUUGGAAAUCUCUUAGUUCUGAAGAUAAAAAGGUGUAUUAUGAUAUGUACGAAAGAUCGAAGGAGAAAUAUGUUGCAGAGAUGCAAAUAUACAACAAAAAAACUGAAGAUGCACCCUGUCAGAUGCCACUGAACAUAACAUAAUGCAAAUUUUCUUUCUAAAAAAAAAA